GCUGUCCCCCCCUCCCCGCCCCGCCGCCGCCCGCCCGCCCGCCCGCUCGCCCCCCGCGCGCCAUGGACUCGGACGAGGGCUACAACUACGAGUUCGACGAGGACGAGGAGUGCAGCGAGGAGGACAGCGGCGCCGAGGAGGAGGAGGACGACGACGACGAGGAGCCCGACGACGAUAACCUGGACCUGGGCGAGGUGGAGCUGGUGGAGCCCGGCCUGGGCGUCGGGAGCGAGCGGGACGGGCUGCUGUGCGGGGAGACGGGCGGCGGGGGCGGCGGCAGCGCCCUGGGGCCCGGCGGGGGCGGCGGCGGGGGCGGCGGCGGGGGCGGCCCCGGGCACGAGCAGGAGGAGGACUACCGCUACGAGGUGCUCACGGCCGAGCAGAUCCUGCAGCACAUGGUGGAAUGUAUCCGGGAGGUCAACGAGGUCAUCCAGAAUCCAGCAACUAUCACAAGAAUACUCCUUAGCCAUUUCAAUUGGGAUAAAGAGAAGCUGAUGGAAAGGUACUUUGAUGGAAACCUGGAGAAGCUCUUUGCUGAGUGUCAUGUAAUUAAUCCAAGUAAAAAGUCUCGAACGCGCCAGAUGAACACACGGUCGUCAGCCCAGGACAUGCCUUGUCAGAUCUGCUACUUGAACUACCCUAACUCAUAUUUCACUGGCCUUGAAUGUGGACAUAAGUUCUGUAUGCAGUGCUGGAGCGAAUAUUUAACUACCAAAAUUAUGGAGGAAGGCAUGGGACAGACUAUAUCAUGUCCUGCUCAUGGUUGUGAUAUCUUAGUGGACGACAGCACAGUUAUGCGUCUGAUCACAGAUUCAAAAGUUAAAUUAAAGUACCAGCAUUUAAUAACUAAUAGUUUUGUAGAGUGCAAUCGACUGUUAAAGUGGUGUCCUGCCCCAGACUGUCACCAUGUUGUAAAAGUCCAGUAUCCUGAUGCUAAACCUGUUCGCUGCAAAUGUGGGCGCCAGUUUUGCUUUAACUGUGGAGAAAAUUGGCACGAUCCUGUUAAAUGCAAGUGGUUAAAGAAGUGGAUUAAAAAGUGUGAUGAUGACAGUGAAACCUCCAAUUGGAUUGCAGCCAACACAAAGGAGUGCCCUAAAUGCCAUGUAACCAUUGAAAAGGAUGGAGGUUGCAAUCACAUGGUCUGUCGUAACCAGAACUGUAAAGCAGAGUUUUGCUGGGUGUGUCUUGGUCCCUGGGAGCCACAUGGAUCUGCCUGGUACAAUUGCAACCGCUAUAAUGAGGAUGAUGCCAAGGCAGCAAGAGAUGCACAGGAGCGGUCCCGGGCGGCCCUACAGAGGUACUUGUUCUACUGCAAUCGCUACAUGAACCACAUGCAGAGUCUCCGCUUCGAGCACAAACUCUAUGCUCAGGUGAAGCAGAAGAUGGAGGAGAUGCAGCAGCACAACAUGUCCUGGAUCGAGGUGCAAUUUCUGAAGAAAGCAGUGGACGUGCUGUGCCAGUGCCGUGCCACUCUGAUGUACACUUACGUCUUCGCCUUCUACCUCAAAAAGAAUAAUCAGUCCAUCAUCUUUGAGAAUAACCAGGCAGAUCUGGAGAAUGCUACCGAGGUGCUGUCAGGGUACCUGGAGCGAGAUAUAUCCCAAGAUUCACUGCAGGACAUAAAGCAGAAAGUGCAAGACAAGUACAGAUACUGUGAGAGUCGACGAAGGGUUUUAUUACAGCAUGUGCAUGAAGGCUAUGAGAAAGACCUGUGGGAGUACAUCGAGGACUGAGGAGGGCCCUGCAUACAAUGAACUCUGAAAACUUUACCAUCUAGAGUGCUCAUGCAAUUAAAACAAAAAACACAAAAAAGGAGGCACUAAGCCUGUUCUGACACCGCUGGUCUGUAGUACCGGAAUUCUGUUUUGUUAACGGAAAGUUUAAGUAAAUUAUAUUGUAAUAAAAAAAGGUAGAUAAACCAUUGUACAACAGUAUUCUAGGCCGCCAACAAGUGUGACAGACGCACUAAAAGCCCUCCGACUUGGACUUGUACCGUAGCUUCAUUCCCCAGCUGGCUCUUCUCUUCUUUCUUUUCUUUCCCUGUGUGUAGUACAGUUCACCCUAAAACAGUUUCUUGACACUGCUUUUCAUGUCCAGAUCAGCCACUUUGUUGUACUUUGGUGAGGGAUUUCUCCCCCCUACCCCCCUGCUUCCCACACUCCUCUCCCUCCUCUCCCCCGAGUGCCCGAUUGUCCAAUGCUGACCCAGCUCUGGGGGGGAGGGGGGAGCAAGCAGCAGGGAAGGAACUUUGUACAUGACUUUUAAACCCAGAGGACAACACAGUAUUUUUCAAAAUUGUAUAUAGCGCAUAUGCAUGGACAAAGCAAGCGUGGCACGUGUUUGCAUAAUGUUUAAUUACAAAAAUAUUUAUUCUUUAAAAUUCUUCAAGAUUAUGUCUAUUUGCUGUGCAUUUUCUUUCAGUUUGCUUCCUUUUCCAGGGUGGGGGCGGGGGGCUGGCGUGUUGGUCUCUCCACUCUUACUGGCUAUACUAAAGCUGUUUGGUUCCCCUCCGCCAAAGUUGCGGCCUCUCAUGUCCACAGCCUGGCCCAUCUCAGGUGUGCCCUUGCUGGCAGUGGGCGCCACACCUGGAAUCCUGGCUCCCCAUACAGAACAGUGAGGAGGUUAAUGGACAGGGCAGGGGGGGCCAAAUGGAUCGAGUGCUCUGAGUAGGGUUCUGAUGGGUGGGUAGCUUUUCCUCUGACAGCCCCUACCUGUCCAGCCUUGUCCACUUGUGCCCAGAGCUGAAAGCUUCAUCAAUUUGGCUGAGGGUCAGCCCCACAGGAAGCGCUUCAGCAUCUCCUCAUCCUCAGUUUUUUAAUGCUGCUUCAGAGCCUUUUAAAAUGUUAGCUGUGGCUCUCUUCACCUUUAUCUAGAGAUUCUCCUACCCACCCUCUCCCCAGUAAUAUCAAACAGAAUGUUCUUUGCCUUGAAGACUUUUUUAAACCCCAAGCCAAAAAACACCACCAUUCAGUUCAUGAGAAACUGGAUUUGAAAGAAAAGGUGGUGAGAUGAUCCACACAUAUUGCUGUGGAUUCCCUUGUAAGGUAGUAGCCCUGGAAAGCAGAGCCCCAUUAGGGUGUUCAGCUUGGUCCCAGAGCCAGCAGGGACAGGGCAGAUGCAGAGGCUCUGCAGGGACCCCUGUGGAGAACUCUGUCCUAGAGCUGGCUGACUGCUCAAUGCAUACACACUUGUUGGGCAGCUCCAGGGAUGAUGUUUUUCACCAGGCUGGUUUCCCUAAACUUGUUACCAAUUGGAAUGAAAACCGAACAGAGGUCUUGUGGACAAGAUCAGGUGGAGCUGUAAGGACCUCUUGUUCUCUCCCUGAACAUGUCAUGUACCCAGGGAGUGAGUCAUUCCCUGUAACCUCCAUGAGGCAACUUUGCCCUGACCAUUGAUUUGCCACAAUAUGUUUUAGGGACAGGAGUUGGCUUCCCUCUUAGCCUACAUGGGUUUUUACAAUGUCUACAGUUCCUUUUAGGAAAUUUGUGUAAGUGCUCUUUAUCCCCUAGUUAAAAUCAGAUCACAUUGUUAGUGUGAGGUCCUCCCACUAUAUAAUUGCAUUAUGCUGCUUCCUGAAAUAAGCCAUCUUAUGAGAGCGCAUUCUCCACCCUUCAGCCAUCCCACUCUUGCUUCCCUGGUUUCAGAUCUGAGCUCUCCCAGAGAGUUCUUUCUUUGGCUUAGAAUCUGAUCAAUCCUAAGAUGCACUUAGAAUUAGGGUUGAGGAAGUUUUGUUUAAAUCUUGAAUAAAGGUUCUUUUCCUGAGGUCUUUCCAGGUGCAGCCAGUGUUGCUACAUAGAUAUAUGUGGAUCAUUUUUUAAAUGCUGGAGUGUUUUUUUUCCCCCCUUUCCAGUUGAUUCUGCAGUUUUUAGGUUGGAGCUUUAAAAUUUUUUUCCCUUCAUAUCCAUUUUUUUGCAACAAGUAACCAAAAACAGCAUGUGCUUUGUAAUAGUCCUCAACAAACGAGAGAGUUACCUUUGAGAUAUAUGCAUUGUGGUUUCAUAUUGGAGGCCUAAGGAUGUUGCAUGUGGAUGAAUUCAAUAGUUAGUCUGAAUCAGGUGGUUCAUUUUAUUCUGGUCCCUGAUUCUUAACAGCUGUCAUAAUUAUCUGUAUUUAAAAACUUUGUUGUUGGCUUUAGUGCCUAUAGCUGCUUCCCCAUUUCACCAGCCUACAGCCUUUGUUAGUAGUGGGCUCAGUUCACAUCCAGCAACAGGGUCAAUUUUCUUUUUUUUUUUUUUUCCUUAAUUUCAUGUUUCAAUUCAGCAGCGCACUGAGCAAUAGAUGAGAUUUCAGUGAAAUCCCAACUAGGAGCUCAUGAUAUAAAGCAAAAUGUUCAGUGGCAGAUCCCCAAUUCUGUGUAAAUUUUUACAACCCAGGUUGUGUGUAUGUAUAUACAUGCAUAUUGUAUAUAUGUGUAUACGCAGAUCCAAGACUGGCUUUUGAUUUUCAAAACGGUUGAAUCUGUAGUGUUAAAUGUAGUUCAACCACUAUUAGGAACUGAAAUUGAUACAAAGAGAAGAUAAGGGACUUCAGUCCCACUUGAUGUUACUGAGGUCCUUUGAACUUAAAAAAAAAAAAAAAACACAAAAAACAAACAAACAAAAAAAACCCAUUAUAGAGCACUUGGGGGUGGGGGUGGGGGAUGGUAAGACAAUCAGAUUGGUGGAUUGAUUAAAUGCUCCUAACCCUGUAAUUUUGUGCAUAGAGCACCUUGUGCUGUGGAAAUUAAUGUUCUUAGAUUUUCAUUGUAACUGGACUGUUCAGGUUGCCCAGAGGGAAAGAACAUUCCUAAUUCUAAUAAAAUAAACUUUUAUUUUGUUA